AACAAGAAGGACUUGAAAAUGGCUUCAGAAAGUCCCAAAAAUGUUUCGGGAUUCAUCAUCCAAGGGUUCUCUGAUACUCCCCAGCUUCAUAUCUCUCUUUUUGUGCUAUUUCUUGGAAUCUAUCUCAUCAUUCUGUUGGGAAAUCUCAUCACAUUCUUAGUCAUUUCAUGGAAUCCUCACUUACACACCCCCAUGUACAUAUUCUUGCAGAACCUUUCAUUCAUAGACAUUUCUUCCACCUCAAAUAUUUUACCUAAUUUGCUGCAUAUUCUUCUCACACAGCAAAAUAACAUUUCAUUCUUGGGGUGUAUGACUCAAAUGUAUAUUUUUGUGUCUUUGGCUUCUAGUGAAUAUUUUCUCCUGACGGCCAUGUCAUAUGAUCGUUAUGUUGCCAUCUGUGAUCCCCUUCAUUACAUUGACCGAAUGAGCAGGAAACAUUGUGCUUGGCUUAUAACUGCCACAUUCACUGUUGGUUUUGUUGAUUCUGUUGGACAUGUUGUCCUUAUAUCUAAACUGUCAUAUUGUGCUUCCCAUCUUCUUAACCAUUUUUUCUGUGAUGUUGCACCAUUGCUAAAACUGACCUGCAGCAGCACUUUUAGUGUGGAAAUUUUAUUUUACAUUGUAGGCACAUUUCUGGUUUUCAAUUCCUUCCUCCUUACUCUGACCUCAUACAUAUUUAUCAUCUCUGCUAUCCUGAAAAUCCAAUCCUCAGAGGGGAGACAAAAAGCAUUUUCUACUUGUGCUUCUCACCUGACCUGUGUGAUAACCCUUUAUGUGACAGUUAUUUGUUUGUACAUGAGACCCACAAAAUGUUAUUCCCUGGAAAGAGACAAGUAUUUUUCAUUGUUGUACAUUAUCCUGGGCCCUGUGCUAAAUCCUCUUAUUUACACACUGAAAAACAAAGAAUUUCAAUCUUCUUUAAUUAAAAUGAGUAGAAGAAUACUAUUUAAUUUAGUUAACGAUUUAAGGUGA